CGCGGCUUUCCCGGGCCGGGGGGCGGCGGAACGGCGGCGGCCGAGACCAUGACCGCGGAGCCCGCCAGUGAAAGUAAGUUAAAUACACUGGUGCAGAAGCUUCAUGACUUCUUGGCACACUCAUCAGAAGAUUCUGAGGACGCAAAUUCUCCAAGAUUAUCUGUGAGCAAAAAUACAGAUAAUAGUACUAUGCCUGGAAAUAUCCCAGUCCCAAUAGAAAACAGCAAAGAGGAGGGUAGCAGUUCUUCUGAAAAAUCCAAAUCAUUAGGAUCAUCACGUUCUAAAAGGAAACCCACUGUUGUGACAAAAUACGUUGGCUCAGAUGAUGAACCGGCAUUAGAUGAGACUAUGAAUCAAGAUGGUUCGAAUGAAAACUCAGAAAAUGAAGUUGAUAUGAAGUGUUUGCCUAAAGGUACAGUAGUUGUUCAGCCAGAACCAGUACUUAAUGAAGAUAAAGAUGGCUUUAAAGGACCCGAAUUUAGGAACAGAAAUACUACUAAAAUAAAACCUGAAACUCAAAAGAAGCGUGGAGAAGAAGGGCUCCAUGGGAUCGUGAGCUGUACCGCUUGCGGUCAGCAGGUGAACCAUUUUCAAAAGGAUUCGAUCUACAGGCACCCCUCCUUAAAAGUACUUAUUUGUAAGACUUGCUUCAAAUAUUACAUGAGUGAUGAUAUCAGCCGAGACGUGGAUGGAAUGGACGAACAGUGUAGGUGGUGUGCUGAAGGUGGAAACUUAAUUUGCUGUGACUUCUGCCAUAACGCCUUCUGCAAAAAAUGUAUAUUGCGCAACUUAGGCCGAAAGGAGCUCUCCACCAUAAUGGACGAAAACAACCAGUGGCACUGCUAUAUAUGCCAACCGGAGCCCUUGCUGGACUUGGUCACUGCUUGUGAUAGUGUGUUUGAAAACUUAGAGCAAUUUUUUCAGCAAAAUAGAAAAAGAAUCAGAGUUGACAGUGAGAAAAGUAAAAUGUUUGACAACACGCUGAAAUACUCUCCCAAGAAAAAUAGCUCAAACUGUAAUGGUGAAGAAAAAAAACCAGAUCGUCCACAUUCUGGUUCUCUAACUUAUUCCUACAAAGCAUUGAUGGUGCCAAAAGACCUGCUGAAAAAAACAAAAAAGAUGGUCGAGACAACCGUAAACAUGAAUGCUAGUUUUGUAAAAUUUUUGAAGAACGCAGCUGAAAACUCUGAAAUAAACCGUACUGUGCACUUACGUCAGCUGAAGGCUUUUAAAUCUGUCUUGAGUGACAUCAAAAAGGCUCAUCUGGCUUUGGAGGAAGGUAUCAAUCUGGAGAUCCAAGCUCUGAAUGCUAAAUUUGGGGGGAAAAAUACCAAAGAAGGGGCAGCCGAAAUCAAAUUGUCUACCAGUGAAGUAAAGAAAACAGAAGGAAAAGAGUUGAAAGAGCAUAAUGACACAGCAGAGAUCAGUAAGUGUACAGAUCAGAACACACCAUCGGUGGAACAAACAGGAAGCAAGAAAUCCAACUGUAGAGAUAAAAAAACUGGGAAAAAUGGAGGCCUCCAGUAUGAACCCAAUAGCCCUGAGGCCACAGACAUGGAUAUUGUCUCUGUCCCCUCGUCGGUGCCGGAAGAUAUCUUUGAAUCUGGUAUGGAAGCACAGAAGGCGGGUGAACAGGGCCCUGGAAGCAGACCCACAGAACAAGGGGCCGUCAGUGCCAACCUGAAGUGCAAAGACAGUAGGGGAGGAGUGAAAUUAAUGCCGUCUUCAAAAGUUAAAAAAGAAUUGUUUGUGAAACUAACUCCAGUUUCCCUGUCUAGCUCUCCUGUGAAAGCGGAAGAUUCAGAUGGAAAGUCAGAAAAGGAGGACAAGAAAGACGAUGGGAAAGAAAACCACAGUGCUGAGCAUGUAUCGGAGAGUGAAGCCUUUUCAUUGGCAGAAGACCAGGAUCUCAGAAGGUCUCCACGUGUUAAAACCACGCCUCUGAGACGCCCAACAGACUUGAACACUGUAGUGUCAAACUCAGAAGAGGACAGUAAUGAUGUGCAGAGUGAGAAGCAGAGGAGAAAACCUGCACAGUUGAAAAGAAAAACGGAUAAGCAGAGUUCUCCGGAUAGCACGGUGCUGAGUCCUUCCCCUAAACCGAACACCAUGGACCAAAGUUCUGAUUCUGAUGAGGUACCAGCAGUCCUCCAAGAAGUGGCUAUGAUGAGCCACAGUUCCUCAGAUAUUGACAGCAACAGCGAGGUGCCCAAGGAUACAUCAAGUAAGAAGCAGGCAGUGAAAGAAGACAAUGGAAAACGAAAACGGAAAAGUUCCACUUCCGGAUCGGAUUUUGAGGCAAAAAAAUUGAGCAAAGACUUAGCUGCUGCCGCUAAAAAGAAACGCCAGAAUCGUUCUGAUUCUUCUAAUUAUGAUUCUGAGUUAGAAAGAGAAAAUAAAGCUGCCUCUCCUAACAAAGCUAGCAAGAAGGGUCCAGAGGCAGAGAGUUGUGGUUCUUCAGAAAAGGAAACAAAUGACAGAGAAAAAGGGUGUUCAGAAGAGCAGGAGGGUGAAUGGGGCAAUGAAGGAGAUGAUCUUGAACCCUCUGCUCAGGAGGAAGAGAAGCUUGGUGGUUCUUCAGAAGGUAUGUUGGGGAAAGAAGCCACUCCUAAGGAGAAGCAGGCGAGAGAGGUGAAAGAAAGAGCUGCCAAAGCUAAGCAGAGUGCAUCACCUGAAAAGGAAGAGGGUGGUGUUUCCAGCAAGAGAAGCCGGCGUGCAAAAGAUGGACCGGACAUCUCUUCCGAUGAUGCCGGCCAGCCCCUAAAUCAAGAGCUGAGUGGUGGGUCCUCAGACGAUGGUAGGAAAAAAUCUAGAAAAGGCACCACCAGAAGUGUGAACCAGAGAAGAGCCUCUGCAAGAGGGCAAAGCGAUUCUUCCUCUGAUGCUGAGAAACCUCCUUCUGAAAAAGAGAGUGUUGGUGGCCCUGGAAUGAACACAAAGAAACAAGGCACCCUUGAGGGGAAGAAUAGGAGGAGCUUGAGAGAGAGAGCGUCUAAAAAGCCCCAGGGGGACACUUCACACAACGAGAAAUCUCCCCAGAAUGAGGUGGUGGGUGACAGUUCAGAAGAUAACUUAAAUAAAAAAGGAAGUUGUGCUAAAGAAAAGAAAAAAGUGAACCCCAAAAGGAGGAAUUCAAACAAGCCGAGGGUUGACUUGCUUUCCUCUUCUGAGGAAGACUUUUACGAGGAGAAGAAGAACAAGAAAAGAGGGGGGGCAGCCGCAAAGGGGAGCAGCAAAGGGACUCGUGAAGGGAGAGGGAAGAAGGCUGUCAAGAAACCAAAGAACGAAGCCGUCACGACAACGUCGUCCUCAUCAAAUGAGGCUGAAAAUGAGGAGCUGAAUUCCGCAGACGAGGGGAGCAGUGAUGAGCAGAAAAUUAAGCCAGCAGAUACCAAACUCGGAUUUUGUCAAUCUUCAGGAGAUGAAGGGGAGACUCAGCCAGCACCUGUUCACAUGGGAGAGGAGGAAGAUGACGACGACGAUCCCGAGAAUAGAAUUGCCAAGAAAAUGCUUUUAGAAGAGAUCAAAGCCAAUCUUUCCUCAGAGGAGGAUACUUCUUCUGAUGAAGAGUCGGAAGACGAGGAGAAGAAGAAGAAGAAGAAGGGACAGAAAACAGGAAAGAGAGGCAACACAGACGAGAAUGAAGAGGAUGAUAUCUUUGACUCAGAUUCAGAUGCCGAAGAGGCUAAGAAACCGAAAUACAGACACCGAUUAUUAAGACACAAGUUGACAGUGAGCGACGGAGAGUCUGAGGAUGAAAAGAAGGGGAAAUCCAAAGAUGGAAAAGAAGUGAAACGUCGAAAUAGGAGGAAAGUGAGCAGUGAGGAUUCAGAAAACUCCGAUUCAAAUGAAGCCAAUGAGUCUGGAGUCAGCGAAGACGUCAGUGAAUCUGAAGACGACCAGCGUCCAAGGACCAGAUCUGCCAAGAAAGCGGAAUUGGAAGAAAAUCAGCGGAGUUACAAGCAGAAGAAGAAAAGAAGGCGCAUAAAGGUCCAGGAGGAUUCGUCUAGUGAAAACAACAAGAGUAAUUCUGACGAUGACGACAACGAUGAUUCAAAAUCUCCAGGGAAAGGCAGGAAAAAGAUACGAAAGAUUAUUAAGGACGAUAAACUCAGAACGGAGACACAAAACGCACUCAAAGAAGAAGAGGAGAGAAGGAGACGAAUCGCGGAGAGGGAGCGAGAGAGGGAGAAGCUACGAGAGGUCAUAGAACUAGAGGAUACGCCAACAAAAUGCCCCAUCACAACCAAGCUGGUCUUAGACGAAGACGAGGAGACGAAAGAACCGAUAGUACAGGUCCACAGAAACAUAGUUACAAAACUGAAGCCACAUCAAGUAGAUGGUGUUCAGUUUAUGUGGGAUUGCUGUUGUGAAUCUGUGAAAAAAACAAGGAAAUCUUCAGGCUCUGGAUGCAUUCUUGCCCAUUGUAUGGGUCUGGGGAAAACCUUGCAGGUAGUAAGCUUCCUUCAUACAAUUCUGUUGUGUGACAAGCUGGAUUUCAGAACAGCUCUUGUGGUUUGCCCGCUGAACACAGCUCUGAACUGGCUGAAUGAAUUUGAGAAAUGGCAAGAAGGCUUAGAAGACGACGAGAAACUAGAGGUCAAUGAACUGGCCACGGUCAAACGCCCUCAGGAGAGGGGCUACAUGCUGCAAAAAUGGCAAGAUGAAGGCGGCGUCAUGAUCAUCGGAUACGAGAUGUACCGUAACCUUGCACAAGGACGGAAUGUGAAGAGCAGGAAGCUGAAGGAAAUCUAUAACAAAGCACUGGUGGAUCCAGGUCCUGAUUUUGUGAUAUGUGAUGAAGGACAUGUAUUGAAAAACGAAGCUUCCGCUGUUUCUAAAGCGAUGAAUUCUAUCAAGUCCAGGAGGAGGAUCAUUCUGACAGGAACCCCAUUGCAAAACAAUCUCAUAGAAUAUCACUGCAUGGUCAACUUUAUCAAGGAGAAUUUGCUGGGGUCCAUAAAGGAGUUCCGGAAUCGAUUUAUAAAUCCCAUCCAGAACGGCCAGUGCGCAGACUCCACCCUGGUCGAUGUCAGAGUGAUGAAGAAGCGUGCCCACAUCUUGUAUGAAAUGUUAGCUGGGUGCGUCCAGAGGAAAGAUUAUACCGCCUUAACCAAGUUCCUGCCACCCAAACAUGAGUAUGUUUUAGCUGUUAGAAUGACUCCCCUUCAGUGUAAACUGUAUCAGUACUAUUUGGACCACUUAACAGGUGUCGGCAGCAGCGGUGAAGGUGGAAGAGGCAAAGCGGGAGCCAAACUCUUCCAGGAUUUCCAGAUGUUAAGCAGAAUUUGGACUCAUCCUUGGUGCUUGCAGCUGGAUUAUAUUAGCAAAGAAAAUAAGGGCUAUUUUGAUGAAGACAGCCUCGACGACUUCAUUGCAUCAGAUUCUGAGGAAACGUCUGUAAGCUUAAGUUCUGAUGAAUAUACUAAGAAGAAGAAAACCAAGGGGAAAAAAUCAAAGAAGGACAGCAGCUCCAGUGAAAGCGAAAGCGAUAACGACGUAGAAGUGAUUAAAGUUUGGAAUUCAAGAUCCCGUGGAGGGGGAGAAGGGAAUGCAGAAGAGCCGGCAAACAACCCGCCAGCUAACGCAAAGACCGAAGAAGGUAGAACCACUUCCUCUUCUAACCCAGGCAGCCCAGCUCCAGACUGGUACAAGGAUUUUGUGACCGAUGCAGAUGCGGAAGUACUGGAGCAUUCUGGGAAGAUGGUGCUCCUCUUUGAAAUUCUUCGCAUGGCGGAGGAGCUCGGGGAUAAAGUCUUAGUGUUCAGCCAGUCUCUGAUCUCUCUGGAUUUGAUAGAAGAUUUUCUGGAGCUAGCCAGCCGGGAAAGAGAAGAAGGCGAUCCUGUAAUAUAUAAAGGUGAAGGGAAAUGGUUCAGAAACAUUGAUUAUUACCGUUUGGAUGGGUCUACCACUGCUCAGUCAAGAAAGAAGUGGGCAGAGGAAUUUAAUGAUGUAACUAACGUCAGGGGCCGUUUGUUUAUUAUCUCCACCAAAGCGGGAUCCCUUGGCAUAAAUCUGGUGGCCGCAAACAGAGUAAUUAUUUUUGAUGCCUCUUGGAACCCCUCCUACGAUAUCCAGAGUAUUUUCAGGGUUUAUCGUUUUGGCCAGAAUAAGCCAGUGUUUGUUUACCGGUUCUUGGCUCAGGGAACAAUGGAAGACAAGAUCUACGAUCGGCAAGUAACUAAACAGUCGCUGUCCUUCCGGGUGGUUGACCAGCAGCAGGUGGAACGUCACUUUACCAUGAAUGAACUCACUGAGCUCUACACCUUUGAGCCAGACUUACUGGACGACCCUAAUUCAGAAAAGAAGAAGAAAAGGGAUACACCGAUGUUGCCCAAAGAUACAGUCCUAGCUGAACUGCUUCAGAUCCAGAAAGAACAUAUUGUGGGCUAUCAUGAACACGAUUCUCUCCUGGACCACAAAGAGGAAGAAGAGCUGACGGAAGAGGAGAGGAAGGCUGCUUGGGCCGAAUAUGAAGCUGAGAAGAAGGGCCUGACGAUGCGCUUCAACAUGCCAGCAGGGGCAAAUACCUACAACCCUGGCUACAACUCCCACGCUCAGUAUAUCCCCUUCAAUCUGCAAGCCUUGUCAUCGAUGAGCAAUCAACAGCUGGAGGACCUCAUUAAUCAAGGCAGAGAAAAAGUUGUGGAAGCAACAAACAACGUGACCGGAGCAAGAAUUCAGCCCCUGGAAGAUAUCAUUUCUAGCAUAUGGAAGGAGAACCUGACCCUCACAGAAUCCCAAGUCCAGGCUCUCGCGCUCAGCCGGCAAGCAAGCCAGGAGCUGGACGUCAAGCGUCGGGAGGCCAUCUAUAACGACGUCCUGACGAAGCAGCAAAUGCUCAUCGGUUGCGUCCAGAGGAUCCUGAUGAAUCGCCGACUCCAGCAGCAGUACACCCAGCAGCAGCAGCAGCUCUCCUACCAGCAAGCCGCCAUGAGUCUGAUGAUGCCAAAGCCUCCCGGUUUACUCAUGAACCCUAACAACUUCCAGCAGAUAGAUAUGAGAGGAAUGUAUCAGGGCGCUGCCGGCGUGAUGCAUCCGCCCCCUUUACAGCGGGCACCUCCUCCGCUGAGUGGCAAAAACCCAGGACCAUCCCAAGGGAAAUAAAUGUGAUUUUGCACUAAAUGUUUAAAGGAUUGUUAAAAUCGGGGAGAGAGAGAGAGAAAGAGAGAGAGAGAGAACUUUUUUAUUUUUUUAGGAAUCAAUGGCUUAACAGAACUCAACCGUAUAAAUAGUUUGGGCGAUUCUCCCUUCCCCUUUAGUUUUGCUUUGGUGAUGUUUUCCGUGGAUAUUUGUCAGCGAUGUUGCCUAGAAUCUUCUUACAUGUGUUCAGUACAGGAGAUAACAAGUUGUUUUCAGUGAAAACAGGUCAUUUCCUAACCUAAGGGGGCCGCGCAGGUUUCCUGUUUCAGCUCCGACAUGUGCUGUUGAUAGCCAUACGACAACCAUCCAGGGAGAGAAGCUUGGGAAAGUUAUCACAGGUCUGUAUAUUUCUGUCACCCCGUGCAAACGUGCGCUGCUGAGUUCUUGGUUACAGUUGAUUCCUCAAAAGGCAAAAUGUUUUCUAUUCCUUCACAAAAUGUGAAAUUCAAGUCAGGACAGGACGGAUACCGGAGGCCUCUUCUGCUUCUUAUCGUUUGUGACAGGAAAAAUAAACAGUAGGAACCGAAAACAAUCUUGAAACAGAACUGAGUGCAAUAUUCUUUAAAUACUACUGCUCUGAAACUCCCAAGUCAAGCAGUUUUCUGGAAACUGUGACUGCAGCCUUAAGUUACAGCCUGAGAAGAUGCUGUUUUCUCUCUAGCCUUCUGCCACUUCGGUUUCAUCUUGGGUGAUGAAAUAACGUCCGGUGACCUUUUUAUUCAUGUCCUUCCAUCCUGUGCUGAUCCUGGUGCCGAGCACAUCUCUGUUGACUCUUUUCUACCGGUGCUAGCGUCUCAUCCUGUUGCCGGCAGUAGGAUGGGAGGCUGAAAGGCCUAUCAAUUCCUGAAGCUUUGGGGCCGAAAGAUGAUGGCAGUGGUUGGGGUUGAAACACCCACCCACGCACCCUGCUUCAACAGAGACAGCCCUGGAGUAGCCAAAAUAUUGCGCGAGCUCUCUGUCUCGACAUGUAAAGGAAUGUACUCGCACAGUUUGCAGUACGGACGGAAUUGUGGAAGCGUUCCUCCUUUUACAGAAAAGGAGCAUCUCUGGUUACCCCACCUCUGUUUCCCAUCUUGUUUUUUACUCUUUUCAGAGAAAAACAAAAAUGCAGGGGGCAUCAGCGUGGAAGUAGAUCUGUUUGCGUUUUCAUUUGAGCCUUGAGUAAGAAGAGGUAAAACUCUGAUCAGUUACACUUCAUUAACUGCUCCUUGGCCAUGUUCAAAGGAGCAAGUCAUCCAUUUCCUAUUAGUAGAGGGACCCAGAGGGGCCUCCUAGCGCUCUCCCACAUGUUCGUGUACCUGAUGUUUCAGAAAGAGAAGGUUUUCUUUUUUCGAUAUGUCGGCAUAAAAAUGAAGUGCCGAUGAAUACUUUUGCUUGGAGGUAUCGGAAUAAGAAAACCAGCCAGAGUUCGGAGGGAAGUGGAGUGGGGAAUGAGUUCCAGAAAAAAGCAAACCUCGUCGAUCUAUCUAGCCAGAAGGUUUGACUCCCUGAAUCAAUUUGGAAGAAUAUUUUGCUUUUUUUUUCCCCCACGCCCCCUUAAUUGAAUGAAUCUCUGCAACCACACGACUGAUAAUGCAGGGGAAAUAACUUCAUUUUGAAAUGGUUGUUGUUUGGUUAGGAACAGGCCUUUGUAUUUUGUGGCACAGUCAAUUCAUGAGUUGUUUUAGCUUUGUGUGUGUGAGUGUGAUGGGACAUGGAGCGUAUGCUUUACCUCCCGUUCAUGCACUAGUGUAAUUUGAUCCAUUUAUUCAGUUUGGCAAGAAAGGGGGGGACCCCACAGGUGGUUGUUCGUACCAGAAGAAUUUAAAGAGACACAAAUAUUUGAAGGAGAAAUUAACCACCCAAGGACAUUCCUACUUUUUCUGAAUAUAGCUGGGGAUUUGAGUGGCAUUUUUACAACUAAAAGAGACUGAGGUGUGGAAGUUUUAGGCAACAUUUUCGAAGACACAUUUUGUUUCACACACAACAGAAGAGACAAGCUAACGCCUACAGUGAUGUCUUAGGGACAAAAAAAAAUUGCAUUGAAGUAAAUAAAAGUCGGACCAUUUUGCAUAUGUAUUUCUCACUUGACAUUAUAGCUGCAUAAUAGCGUGCUUUUGAGUAUAACAUCAAGCUUUAACCAAUAUUUAAAGACAGGAAAUGGCAUCCAUAAAAAUCUCAUUUUUAUAUUUGUUUUAGAUGUUUUACCUAGUUGAAACUGCUUAUAUAAGAUGAUGAAUAAAAAGAAAUGUUGCUUGUAAUACAGUUUUGCCUGCUAAAUUCUCCACAUUUUGUAACCUGUUUAUUCCUUUGGAUGUAAAGCGUUUUUUGCUUAGUAUUGUGAUACUGUACAUGUUUUUUGUCCCCGUUGUAUAGUACUGUUUGAGUCCCUUGACCAGCUUUGGCUGCUGAAAUCAUACAGCUGUGAAGACUUGGCCUUUGUUUCUGUUUAGAUGGCUUUACGUAUGGAAUAUCAUAAAAGUACUGUAGAAAAGAUGUCACUUCUUUCUAUAAGGCUGUUUUGUAAAAUACAUAUUAAGGACUGGAAACGUGUUUUUAAAAAAAGAGAAGCAUUCAAGUAUGGACAGUAUGCUAUCUGUGUUUUCACCAUUCAAAGUGCUGUUUGGUAGUUGAAAUUUAAAACUAUUUAAUAUCUCAUUUAAUAAAGUGACCAAAAUACCUAAAA